UCUCCAUUUUCUCUCCUCACUCACAAAAACUUGAAUAUUCUUCGCUUCCUGUUGUGAUCAGUGAAAAUUCGUCUGAUUUCUUCAAUAUUAUUCAAUGUCAUUUAUUCGAAGACUUCAGAUGGGAAACUGCGAAAGUCGAGAACUUGUAGCUCAAGCCAAACAGAAUAAAAUAAUCAACACGGAACUUGAUAAGGCCAAAAAAACCGAUGAAAAUAUAAUCAAAUUAUUGCUGUUAGGAGCUGGAGAGAGUGGAAAAAGUACCGUGCUGAAACAAAUGAAAAUCAUCCAUAACAGUGGAUUCUCUCAAGAAGAAAUAUCAAAUAAACGAAAUGUUGUCUGUGCGAAUACUGUGCAAGCAAUGGGAGCAUUGUUAGAUGGAAUGAAACAACUUCAAUUCGAUUUUUCAACCCGAGUUUGUAAUGCACAUGAGAAGUUGAUACGUGAAACAUUGAAUGAUAAAGCUGAGUAUGGACCAUUCAGUGAUGCAAUGUUCAACGCACUUACUGAGUUGUGGGCGGACAAAGGAGUUCAGUGUGCAUACGAUAAGCGAGAGUUUUUUUACCUUCAUGAUUCUGCAAAAUAUUUCUUUGAUGCAAUUGCAAGGGUUCACACUCCCAAUUACGUACCAACUGAAAAUGAUAUUCUGCAUACACGGGUUCCAACAAUGGGUGUUAUAGAAGUUAAUUUCACAAUAAAGGGCAAAUUUUUUCGAGUAUUUGAUGUGGGCGGACAGCGAUCGCAAAGGAAGAAAUGGAUUCACUGUUUUGAUGAUGCAAAAGCUAUGAUAUAUGUUGCUUCGUUGUCAGAGUAUGAUCAAGUUUUAUUAGAAGACAAUACUACUAAUCGAAUGCACGAAUCAAUACAGUUAUUUAAGCAAGUAAUCAACAAUAAAUAUUUUGUAAACACUUCAGUUAUAUUAUUCCUGAACAAAAUUGAUUUAUUCGAGGAAAAAAUUGUUACCAAAAAACGAAGUCUUGGUAUUGCAUUUGAGUCAUUUAGUGGACCGAGCCAAGAUCUCAAUGCAGCUGUAGCGUUCGUUGAAAAAAAGUAUAGAAGUAUGGCAGAGAACAAAGAGAAGAACAUUUAUUGUCAUCACACUUGUGCUACAGACACACAACAGGUGCAGUACGUACUCGAUGCGGUUCUAGAUACGAUACUAUCUACCAAACUGAAGGGAUGUGGAUUGUAUUGAGAUUUUAAAUUAUUGUUACCUUUGGUACAAACUUGUAAACCUGAGUCAUAAUUAUCGGGUACCGUUGGUAUUAUCCUUGAUUGGUGUAAUAUAUAGAAUUUUAAAUAAAAUAAAUGAAAUCAAAAUUUAACGAU